AUGACCAAACUCGUGUUAUCAGCAUCUAAUUCGGAGCUGCUCCAACAGCUGGCAUGGGAGUGUGGGUCGGAUCUACAUGCUUUGCAGUCACUCAAGGCAGCUCUACGAGAUCAACCGGAAGAACCGAAAAUGACAGCCGAUAGUCCGGCUAUUCCGACCACCACUGCAUCCUCUGCUUCGGCAGCUCCGAUCGUGCUUGAUCAUUCUGUGCUCAUCCAUGUCGCAUCUUGGGCGUACAGCACUCCCAAACCAAAGCAGACAGUGGUAGACCCAGUCAAACUCAAAUUGUCCUCUUUGGUCACAGGCUCACACGUCUACAUUCCCCCAAAACCCAUCUUUCAGCGGUCCAAACAGCUUGAAGACUCGUUGGCAGCCAUUCGAAAGGCACAGGAAGAGGCUGAGUAUCUACGCAUCUCUUCCUCCACCCUCAACUCCUCUUCGGCUUACAAAAUUCCCACGUCGUACGUCAACAUUGCUGGCGUAGACCCGACCCUUUCCCUCAACCAACGUAUAACAUCACACACCGCGUCUCCCCAUCUCUUUUGUCGAAUCGGAUCACGGCAAGAAGAGGAACAAGCCUGGAAAGAUGCCCAACGUCAACUCAGCGUGAUUCUCAACAUCUUUCUAUCAACAUUGGCCACUGCUACCGCAGCAUGGUGGGCAAGUGGAAACGCGAGUGUGCCUAACAAGGUGCUGACGAGCAUGCUGGUAGGGCUAAUUACGGCGGUAGCGGAGAUCGUGCUGUACAGCAGGUACAGCUCAUAUGUCAAGGAGAGUAAGAAGAUCAAACAUCACAGAAUGAAAGGCUCUGAUCUUAAGGUCGGAGUGGGAGAGUUCAGACCGUUGCAAUUGGACAGAGGUUCUGGGUUUGGGUCAAAGGGUGGAACUUAA